GUUCUCGAGCCGGCAUUUCUGGCGGUGCUGCUGAUCUUCUCAGGCGUCCCCUCUCAUGCACCUCACGACUCGACUGCAACUUUGACAGGCGCUCCAAGAUGCUUGGUUUGUGGCUUCUCGCCCUGGCUGCCGUCCUGGUGCUAGCACGGUGCUUCCCAACCAUUGCUGACACAAUCAGCUUGAAGCAGGUCAGUCAGGGCAGAUACAUACGUGCCUUACAGGUCUUUCGACUGUUGUUCUCUCUGAGACCCUCUCUGAGCUGUGUGUGUUGUGGCUUGGCUGCAGCAUGUGCACGGUGAUGGCGCCUCGUUCGUCAACGCGCCGCUGGUUCGUUGCAGCAUGACUCCUCCUUCCCGCCCUCCACUCCCAAACACACAUGGUGGCACGGGGCCACCUCCGCUCGCAGCUUUCCGCUCUGGGAUGCCAUUCUCCUCCGCCGUGCUCUGCGAGGUAUUUGGCGCGGACGGGAAACGCCGCAGCAACAUGCCCUUCUCGGUCCGGGUGACCGCAUCCACGACAAUCGAGCAGUUCGAGAAGGGAGCGCAGCAGUCUUAUCCCAGAUAA